GCAUAGUGUUCCUCUCGCCUGGUUCUCACUCUCCGCACUCGCCGCAACGCGGUCGGAGUCCGGCAGUCUGCUACGUUUCACAAAUCUGUUGCAACUCCACCGGUUCGAUCGGCAGGACUCGCAUCGCGAUUCGGUUCGAUUCGACUCCAUUGGGUUCGCGUCGCGUCGGUUUCUAACCACGGUUCGCGAGAAACACCGAUCGGUGGAUUCAUCGGGGACCAAUGUGCCUCGAGGAGAAGCUGCCGGUACAGAAAAGCGGUCGUGCGACGCGGGAAAGUUUGAGUGCCAUGAGAAAGUGCAGUUGUCCUGCGCUGCAAUUUUAAAUUCGAAAAAGAGAGAUUCACUCCGCCGAAUGGCACGCGAUUGGACAUGGUCGUCGCGGGGUGGAACUGAACGGAAAUGGCAAUAGGGCUGACCACAGUACUCAGCACCACCUCGAUCCUCGGAUUCAGCAUAAUUCCUCUCCUGGCUAUCGGCUUGUCCGUGUUUCGAUACAACCAAGCCGAUCCGGAGUCUCAUCCGACGAACGCACGUCAGCUGCUGAGAACAUAUGAUUUCAUAGUGGUGGGCGGUGGGAGCGCGGGGGCGGUUGUCGCCUCGAGGCUGUCCGAGAUUUCGAAUUGGACGGUGCUACUUUUGGAGGCCGGCGGCGACGAAAAUGAAGUCACAGACGUGCCAAUUUUGGCUGGAUACACACAGCUCACGGAGUUCGAUUGGAAAUACCAGACUUCACCACCGAUCACGUCCGCUUAUUGCCUUGCCAUGAUCGGCGACAGGUGUAACUGGCCCCGGGGUAAAGUCCUUGGCGGCAGUAGCGUGCUGAACGCGAUGGUAUACGUUCGGGGUAAUCGCCGCGAUUACGACAACUGGGCAGCGCUAGGCAACGUGGGCUGGAGCUACGCGGACGUGCUGCCCUAUUUCCUGAAGUCGGAGGACAACCGCAACCCGUACUUAGCAAGAACCCCGUACCACACGACCGGCGGCUAUCUAACCGUCCAAGAGUCCCCGUGGCGAUCCCCCCUGUCGGUCGCCUUUCUCCAAGCCGGCCAGGAACUCGGCUACGAGAUCCGAGACAUAAACGGCGCUAAUCAAACCGGCUUCAUGCUGACGCAGGCGACGAUCCGCCGCGGCAGCCGCUGCUCGACAGCGAAGGCUUUUCUGAGGCCGGUGAAGAACAGGCAGAACCUGCACAUAGCGAUGAACUCGCAGGCGCUGAGGGUGCUGUUCAACGGCGACAAGAGGGCCACGGGAGUGGAGAUUCUCCGGGACGGCCGCCGGGAGACCAUAAGGGUGCGACGAGAGGUGGUGCUGUCAGCCGGAGCAAUUAACUCGCCCCAGCUGCUGAUGGUAUCGGGCAUCGGGCCAAGGGACCACCUGGAGGAGCUCGGCAUCCCGGUGAUAUCCGAUCUGAGGGUCGGGGACAACCUCCAGGACCACGUCGGCCUCGGCGGGCUGACGUUCAUCGUCAACGAGCCGAUCAGCCUGAAGAGAGAACGCUUCCAGACGUUCCCGGUGAUGAUGGACUACAUCCUGAACGAACGGGGACCGAUGACCAGCCCCGGCAUAGAGGGCUUAGCCUUCGUCAACUCGAAGUACGCCGAUCCUUCGGCGGACCAUCCGGACAUCCAGUUUCACUUCGCCGCCAGCUCGGUGAACUCCGACGGCGGUGACCAGAUCAAGAAGAUCUUGGGGCUCAGGGACAGAGUGUACAACACCAUGUACAAACCUCUGCACAACUCCGAGACCUGGUCCAUCCUGCCGCUGCUCCUCAGGCCCAGGAGCUCGGGCUGGGUCAGAUUGAAGAGCAAGAAUCCGCUCGUCUAUCCGGACAUCAAUCCUAACUACUUCACGCACAAAGAGGAUAUAGAUAUCCUGGUCGAGGGCAUCAGGAUCGCCAUGGAGAUUUCGAAUACCACCGCGUUCCAGAGGUUCGGCUCCAGGCCGCAUACUAUUCGGAUGCCAGGGUGCAACCGGUAUCCGUUCGACACUUACGAUUACUGGGAGUGCGCUAUCAGGCACUUUACUUUCACUAUUUAUCAUCCUACUGGGACCUGCAAGAUGGGGCCCAGGAGUGACCCUACUGCGGUGGUCGAUCCUAGGCUCAGGGUCUUCGGUGUAAAAGGACUGAGGGUGGCUGAUGCUUCUAUCAUGCCUGUGAUCGUCAGUGGGAAUCCUAAUGCGCCGACGAUCAUGAUCGGAGAGAAGGCGAGUGAUAUUAUCAAGGAGGAUUGGUUGUAUAAGAAGAAGAGGUACGUUGGCAGAUGAGGGGGAGGGGGGCAUUCUUUUGAGUGGUGAUGUGUUGUGAUUUUUUGACAGCGGAUAAUGUUUUGAAAAUUGAAGGUACAGUUUGGUUUUUUCUAGAAACGGGUUAGCUAUCGCGUGAAUGUUGACAGAGCUCUCAAGCCUGCGAGGUGGAUGUUGUUAAUGAUUGCCAUGACUGACGUGGCUAGAUCCAUUCAGAUUAGUACUUGUCAAGUCUUGUGGAAGUUUCCUACGCUGCAAGUUAAUUUUAAUAAUCUUAAUAUAAAUAGUUAAUGGUUUAACUUGCAAUUUCGAGUCGAACUGGAUCUGAGGCAGGCCUUUCAGGUCUGCAACACUUUUCAACAUUUUUGUGCCGCCGGAGUAAGAGUGGGAGAAUUCCCCCUCCACGUUCCACGCAUCUGUCACAGUAUAGCAAUAGUCAUUUGUGGACUCGACGCAAGUGUGACAGGGUAUCAAUCGUGGACGCGAUAUUUUCCAUAUUUUUCCCUUACUAUCGCCCUAUACAAAUUAAUUAUUCAAUAUUAUACUAGAUCAUUUAUAUUAGCUUCAGUUUACAAAGCGUUUCGAAGUAAUUAUCACAUGACUUGGAGGGGAAAUUUCCCUACUCUUACCUCAGCGGCACAAAAAUACUGCAAGCUUGGAAAGUCUGAUUUGAGGUUGCAUUAGUUACUUGUCCAUAUCUAUAUUAUCUAAUAAGAGGUAUAGAAUUUGUUUCGCAAGUAAAAAGACAAAACUGAUCGAAAAUUUUGUAUCCGCUGUAACACAGGGAUUAUUAAAAUUCUGUUAAUAUUUAACAGUAAAUCAAAUAAUAAAUAAUUACGUCCAUUUGCAUAGUAAUACUGCUGGAUUUAAUACUGUUAGCGUACAUUACAUUUCGACUUUCCCGCGCCCGUAGAAUACAGCAGUUGGUAACCUGUGUCACUAAAAUGCACGCGACGAAAAUGGCGCGAAAUUCAAAUUCUACAUCUCUCAGUAAAUCACCCUUCGGAAGCAUUUCAAUAAUUUUGUUUUAAACAAUCGGUUUCUAGAAAAGUUUUAUAUUAAUUAAGAAAAUUACAUUACACCAAAGAUAAUUUGUUGGUUUACGAAUUACAUGGACAUCUUUAUGAAGCAAUUUAUUACUGUGUAAAAGUAGCUCAAUAAUUUUCUUGUACAUAAUAAUUUCAACAGGAGUCGUUAAAUUGUGUUACUGAAAAUAUUUUGUUGUUUCAAAAAUAAAAUCUUCUUCAAUAAUUUAUUAAA